GAAAUUGAAAUUAGAUUUGUAGCCGAUUUGUUUUAUAAGUUUCAAAGGAAAUGUCAGUUACUUACACAACCCAACCGGUUAUCUACCCUGUUGAACCUGAACUUCCAGGAAAGAAAUAUAAAACGGCAUACACCGUUUUGGGGUGCUUGCAAAUUUUCAUUGGAGUGCUCAGCAUCAUUUUAAGUUCUGUAGUUCUGGCAAAUGCAACUGCUAUUUUAAGCCAAGCUGAUCAACAGACCCAACCAAGUGUGAACUCUGCAGCUUACUAUAUAUAUAGUGGUAUUGGAUCUGGAUUAUGGUACAUUGUGGCUGGUAUCCUUGGUGUUGUAAGUGGAAGACGACCGUCCAGUUGCCCAAUAACUGGGGCCUUGGUUAUUACUAUUUUUGCUGCAAUAACCGCGGGUUCCAUGGCGAUUCUUCAAAGCUUGACUUCUGCUGGAAUCUCUGGAGCCAUGACUGUGUUAACUAGGGAUUCUAUCGGUACCAUUUUUGAACCUUCUGACCCAGCGAUGGUUGAAGUGAAAAGUUUCCUGAAUCAAACUUUGAUAAUUUAUGCUGUUCUUGCUGUGCUUGCCUUCAUGGAGUUCAUCAUCACUAUUGUUCACUCUGGUUUCUGCUGUGCCGUCAAAUGUUGCAAUUCCCAAGACUAUCGUGGCAUGGUCACUGGAACAACCACCAUCACUACAAUGCAGAACCCUAUCCAAAUGCAAGCCCAACCAGCUUAUGACCCAAAUGAUAUUAACAUGGCUGGUGCUGGAUAUGGAUACAGUCCCUCACCUAACUACUCUGACAAAGCUGGUUUGGUGUAAGGAGGAGAGUUGCUAAAUAUUGACGAUUGUCAACAAAACAAGUUCAUUAUUUCUUAUUUAGUUUCUGGAACUUUUAUUUCACAUUCUUGCCUUUUGGAUAAAUCAAAAUUUGCAUUUUUGUACAACACAGUUUUAUUGCUGGCCGAAUUUUUUUAACUGUAAAUACCGAAAAAAAAAUCUGUAAAUAUUUGGUGUGUGGUGUUUCAGUUGCAGGCUUUGUCAUCUUAAGGUCAAAUAUUUUCUGAUUUUGUUUACACACACAAUGGAAGUUUGUUACUGCUUAAUCAUGUUCCACAAUUCUAUGUUCAUUUCUUUCACUUUACAUUUGAUUGUAAAUACAAGCACGACCACCUUA